UACAUUCAUACAUUCACUUCUUAACAUCUUAUAAUGUACCCUGCGUGCAGAGUCUAGUUAAACUACACGAAGCUCUCUUUUAAUAAGCGAAGUCAAACGAAUGCAAAGGGUGCUUAUAAUGACGAAUUCAUUAAAAAUCUUCAUUACAUGCUCUUGUGCUACAUUUAUUGUUUUCUUUGCAUGGAGACCUAAAUUUAAUGUUUUAAUUAAACAACAAAAUAGAACAAUGGUAAAGAUUCAAUCUAGUGAUGCCCACAAAGGAGUGGACAAUAAAAACAAGAAGGAUAUUUGGCACAUAGAGUCCUCCCGGUUUCCUAUAGGGGUUGAUAUUUCUCUGGCAGCAGAGCAAGUCAAGAAGAUCUGGAAACGAUCAGAUGCGAAAUACAUUUGUUAUGAUUGUCAAAAAGUUUGUGGUGGCUGGGGUGACAGAAUGGCUGGUAUAGCAAGCUCAUUCAUGUGGGCCUUGAUGACAAACAGGAAGUAUGUAAUCCAGCAGAACUUUCCAUGUGCUUUGACAACAGUUUACAAGCCAAAUCUGGUUAACUGGGCAAGUGAUUUGCCAAAUGGGCUGACUACAAAACAUAUAACACUCAUAGACAAUCAUAAAUUUAUGCCCAAUAAAAUCAAAAAUCCUAGCACACAUAUUGAUGGCAGAUAUCCAUAUGAUAUUAUUUCAUUUCGAGUGAAUCAAGAUUGGAUAGAAGGGUUUCAGAAUCCGAUAUAUGAAAAACGUCUGACCCAAUUAGGAUUUAACACCUCUGAACUUAAAAUGGAUAAUGUAUUCCCUAAAUUACAUUCACUGCUAUUCAAACUUCAGGAUAGUAUUCAGAAAAGGCUGAACAAUUUUAUAGUAAAUGCAAAAACCAGAUUCAACACUUUGCUAAUAUGUGCACAGAUCCGAAUGGGUGUAAACCCAUCAAUUCCACAUGAUGUUGGACCUCCACGAAAUAAACUAGAAUUUCUUUCAGUAGUCUGGGAAUUUCUGUCUCAGUUUAACAACUCUGACCAACACAGAAUAUUCAUCACUACUGAUUCAGAGGAUGUGCGUCAAACUGCCAAGAGGCUCUUCCCCAAUACUAUUGUAGACACAGAGGGAAUAAUAACACAUGUAGAUAGGACCCCUAAUAGGAGUCAGGCAUGUCAAGGCAUGCAGAAAGUAUCAUUAGACUUUCAUAUACAGACAUACUGUGAUGUUUUAAUGAUAAGUCGAAGUAAUUUUGGAGAAUAUGGAGCUCAUUUGCGUAACAGUAAAGAAGGUGUCUAUGGGUUCUUCAAUGGGACCAUUGUUAAAGGAUAUCCCCCAUAUAUUAUACGAUCCCAAUAGUUGUCCAAAAAUGGGUGAAUGAAAGUUAAUCUUUAAUCUUAAGAAAACCCACCUUUGUUCACUCGGCUCCCGUCGGUCACAGUGAAGACCGAGCGUGCGAAGAUGAGAAAGCCCAUGCUUCAUCCCAAAAAUAUUGUUGGGAUAAUUAUGAAUUAAGGAUUCAUGCACUUACAUUGCUGCGCUGAAGUUCUGGAUUUUCUAAGUGGUCAAAUACUUCUUUAAAUUGAUCUGCAUCAAGUAUUCCACGCCUUGUGCCAAGAUCCUGAAAUGUAAAUGUAUUGAAUUAAGAAAAUUAUCGAGUUAAUAUGAAUUUAGUAUUACAAAAUAAUGGUUUUGGACAUGUG